AUGUCUACCAACAGCUUUGAAAGUCUAUCCAAAAAGAUGGAUAACGCAGUAGGAGGAAAGGAUGAUGCGUUUAUUAAGGUUAAGGUGUUGUUCUUUGCCCGGGCAAGAGAUCUAACGGGAAUGGCAGACAUGUCUUUAGAAGUUUCACUAGGUACCACAGCGCACGAUUGUUUGAAUAAGCUUAUCUCCAAGUUUCCUGGGCUUGAAGAGAUCCGUAACUGUAUGGUACUGGCUCUAAACGAGGAGUACGCCCUUGAGUCUGUCGUUGUUAAAGAUAGAGAUGAAUUGGCCAUCAUACCUCCUAUAAGUGGAGGCUAG